AUGUCCAACAUUCAAAAUGAUCUACUUCCUCACUGCCUGAAGCAAUUCCAUGAUACUGUUCCGAAAGAAAUCAUGAUUGAAACUUUGACUUAUCUUCCGUUAUCACAGAAGGGAACUGUUUUAAGAAUUUCCAAAUCGAUCCAUUCACACUUGACAGAAACUCCACGAUAUUUCCAAUCCGUUUUUGUGAGCUAUUGCUGCAACAUCUCUGUUCCUCGUUCAACCAUUGACUCUUAUUUAAAAUCCAUUGAGACAAUGUCCACAACAGACGCACAUCAAUAUUUAACUUUGAAUUUACAAGAAAUGGUCGCCCACCAGAAAAAGCUGAGACAGGAAGAAGAGAUGUUGAAACGAUCUCAAGGAUUGCUCAUGAAAAGGAUGGCAGAACGAGAAAAAAAAAUUAGAGAACAGAAAGAGCAACAGCCAUGUGUGCGCCAACUUUAUUGCAAACGAAUAUACGAACGGGAAAUGACAAUGCCAUGA